CCCUAAAAUAAAAUAAAAAAAAUCUCCUCAUGGCAUGCUCAGAUAAUUCAAUUAGAGCCAAGGGGUACGCCUGGAAAUGUACACAAUUUCGACCGUUAUAGGAUUCAAAAUCCAGUGGACCGUUCGAUAUUUGAGUACUUCCUUCUGCCGUUUCUCUCCCCCGCUCUCUCCGAAAUUCUCUCUCUCACAUCAUCUCUCUCUCUCUCUCUCUCUCAUAAGACAUGGUCGAUCACAACAACAGUAACUCAUCAAUCAUGGAGUCCAAGCAUCCACACCCACUUCACCAAAUCGCUGAAACCCCAACCCACAAGCUUCUUUUGAAGCAAUGGCUCAAAGAAGAAGAACUAAUUCUCAAUCGAAUCGCCCUCAAAGAGACCCAAAUCGACUCUGCUCGCAAAGAGAUCACCCAACUCUACUGCUUCUUCUUCCUCUUCCACUCCACAGCUCUUGUCCUCCUCUUCAGUGCCUCUUCAAGGGGUCCACAAGGCGAAGUUUGUCACAGAUCUUGGAUUCCCUCUCUCUGUUCCCUGCUCUUCUCUCUCGGUAUCGUUUGGGCUGUCCGAUACAAGACUGAUGUAGAGACCCACUUGGAGAGGCUGUUAGAGAGAGAAAAAGAGGAUGGGAAUCUCUUGGCGAAGUGUGUUGAGGAAUUGAAGAAAAAGGGAAUUGAAUUCGAUUUGCUGAAGGAAGUCGAUGCACUUCGGAGGGCUAAAAGUUUGAGGGUAGAAGCGAAAGCGGUUCGAAAGUGGUCAGCGAGGGACUUUGUUACUAUGUUCUUCUUCACUGUCUCUUGCUUGGUUCUGGGUCUUACAAGGUUCAUCCUAUGUAAUUAGAAUUUCCAUAAUGGAUCUGAGUAUAGGAGUUGGGGAAAUGGGUAAUUGUUAGAUUUGAAUCGGACACUCUCGAGCUUAUGGAUUAACAUUGUCUUUUGGGAAUUCAUUUUGUUUUUCAAGUUUGGUCGAUAUUGGUUUGUGUCAUUUACAUAGAGAAAAAUAGGCUUUAAAGGUGGGAAAGGUUGGAGUGCAGAAUACACUGUUCUGCUUUUUAUAAUUUGGGGAAGAUCAUUGGAAAAUUUAUGGAAUAAAUUUGUCUUCUUUUUUGUUGCAA